AUGUUUUCCAUUCACACGAUUCUCUUCUACGGCAAUGAAAUCACGACAUGGGUCACCGACGAGCCCGCCGUGGUUACCUGCUGGAUUCGCGAGGUCGAGCAUGUCCACUGUCGCAGGCUCGGUAGGCUGAUCGCCGGCCUCGGUACUGAGUGGUGCGUGAGUUCCGAGCCCAAUGACGGCAUUUACCGGGUCGCGACCCUCCGGCUCUGUGCCGGCCAUAAGUGCCUCAUAUUCCGGCCCCUUCACGCGAGGUACAUUCCCAGGUCGCUCUUCGUGUUCCUCGCCAAUGCAAACAACACUUUCGUCGGAGUCGGCGUGGCUGAAGGGGCGAGGAAGCUCGCCAAAGACUAUGGGCUCUACGUGUCGUGCACCGUCGACAUCCGCCGAUUGGCAGCAGAAAGGUUGCGAAACGACUUGUGGGGUUACAAGAAUCUCAAGGAACUGUCCAAGGAGAUCCUCCAUAAAGAGCUCGAAAAACCAAAAGAGAUCACUUCGAGCAGGUGGGACAAGAAGGCACUCACGGAUCAUCAAAUAGAGUACGGAUGCCUCGACGCGUUCGCUUCUUUCGAGCUUGGGAGAGUUUUGAGGGCAUCAUCGGUGAAUAGGGUCUUCGAUGGUUUGGUGUGUUCAAAUUGA